GCUGAUGAUGGUGAUUAGCAACCCAAAAAACCCAUCUCUGCGCUGCACUUCCUUUCGUUCCCCCCCUCCGCUAUAAAUUACAAAACUUCAGGGGCUCCACUUCGCUGCCUCUCCUCCUCCUCCUCACCUGCACCUGCACCAACGCGAGAGAUCAUGGCGAAGAGAUCGUCUCCUGAUCCUGCAUCAUCUUCUCCAUCUGCAUCAUCCUCGCCGUCGUCUCCUUCCUCCUCUUCCUCCGAGGAUUCCUCUUCGCCCAUGUCGAUGCCCUGCAAGAGGAGGGCGAGGCCGAGGACGGAGAAGAGCACCGGCAAGGCCAAGAGGCCCAAGAAGGAGAGCAAGGAGGUGGCUGAUCCUUCUUCCAAUGGCGGCGGCGGCGGCAAGAGGAGUUCUAUCUACAGGGGAGUCACCAGGCAUCGGUGGACUGGCAGAUUUGAGGCCCAUCUGUGGGACAAGAAUUGCUCCACUUCACUUCAGAACAAGAAGAAAGGGAGGCAAGUCUAUUUGGGGGCUUAUGAUAGUGAGGAAGCAGCUGCUCGUGCAUAUGACCUUGCAGCUCUUAAGUACUGGGGUCCUGAGACAGUGCUCAAUUUCCCACUGGAGGAAUAUGAGAAGGAGAGGUCGGAGAUGGAGGGUGUGUCGAGGGAGGAGUACCUGGCCUCCCUCCGCCGCCGGAGCAGCGGUUUCUCCAGGGGUGUCUCCAAGUACAGAGGCGUUGCCAGGCAUCACCACAAUGGGCGGUGGGAGGCACGGAUAGGGCGGGUCCUGGGGAACAAGUACCUCUACCUGGGUACUUUCGAUACUCAAGAGGAGGCAGCCAAGGCCUAUGAUCUUGCUGCAAUCGAAUACCGAGGUGCCAAUGCGGUAACCAACUUCGACAUCAGCUGCUACCUGGACCAGCCACAGUUACUGGCACAGCUGCAACAGGAACCACAGUUAUUGGCACAACUGCAACAAGAGCCACAGGUGGUGCCAGCAUUACAUGAAGAGCCUCAAGAUGAUGACCGAAGUGAGAAUGCAGUCCAAGAGCUCAGUUCCAGUGAAGCAAAUACAUCAAGUGACAACAAUGAGCCACUUGCAGCCGAUGACAGCGCCGAAUGCAUGAAUGAACCCCUUCCAAUUGUUGAUGGCAUUGAAGAAAGCCUCUGGAGCCCUUGCUUGGAUUAUGAAUUGGAUACAAUGCCUGGGGCUUACUUCAGCAACUCGAUGAAUUUCAGUGAAUGGUUCAAUGAUGAGGCAUUCGAAGGCGGCAUGGAGUACCUAUUUGAAGGGUGCUCCAGUAUAACUGAAGGCGGCAACAGCAUGGAUAACUCAGGUAUGGCAGAAUACAAUUUGUUUGAGGAAUGCAAUAUGUUGGAGAAGGACAUUUCAGAUUUUUUAGACAAGGACAUUUCAGACUUUUUAGACAAGGACAUUUCAAUUUCAGAUAGGGAGCGAAUAUCUCCUCAAGCAAACAAUAUCUCCUGCCCUCAAAAAAUGAUCAGUGUGUGCAACUGAUUCUCUCUGUGUGCGUGUUUCUGGGUGUUGAAAAUCUUGAGAUAUACAGGGAAGUUUUCAGGUUUUUAUCUUGGGGUAUAUUUUUCUGUCUAAUGGCACUGCCACAAAGAAGCAAAGCUUCUGUAGGCGUUCUGUUCAGGUGGGGAAGAUUCAUAUGCUUCUCCCUAUGGUCCUAGUCUCCUAGAAACCCAAAGGCAUUCAACUUGGCAUGAGACAAGUGUCUGUGUUCCUUUUCUUGUAAUACCCCCAAGGCUGAUUGAUUAACUAGGGAGAGAAUUUUCUCCCUUACCCUAGAUUGAGCUAGUUAAUUCUGAUUACUCAGAAUCUUGAAUGCUUGGGUAGUACUAUAGGUAUUCCCACAAGAAAACUCUGGGUAGUUCACAGUUUUAUAAGGUAAUGGAGCAUAUGUUAUACAGAAAUCACAAUAUGUAAAUCUAUCUAACUUUCAGAAUAAACUAUACUAUACAUCUUGGUUGA